CGCGCGGGCGCGGCCAUGUCGGCGGACCCCCAGCUCCUUGCGGCUGCGGUGGAGGCCGCGAUCGCGUCGCGCUCCCCGCGGCUCGGCCGUGCCGCGCACGCGCGCGCCCUCAGGCUGCUGUCGCCGGGCAUCCCGCCCUUCAUCUGCGCGCACCUUGUCAACCUCUAUUCCAAGCUCGACCUCCCCGCGGCUGCCGCCUCCGCCCUCGCCUCCGACCCCAGCCCCACCGUCGUGUCAUUCACGGCCUUCAUCUCCGGCGCCGCGCAGCACGCGCGCCCGCUCCCCGCCCUCUCUGCCUUCGCCGCCAUGCUCCGCCUCGGCCUCCGCCCCAACGACUUCACCUUCCCCUCCGCGUUCAAGGCCGCCGCCUCCGCUCCCCCUCGCUCCGCCGCCGGCCCGCAGAUACACGCGCUCGCCAUUAGGUUCGGCUACCUCCCCGCCGACGCCUUCGUCUCAUGCGCCGCGCUGGACAUGUACUUCAAGACCGGCUGCCUCGGCCUGGCCCGCCGCCUGUUCGAGGAAAUGCCUAACAGAAACGUGGUAGCUUGGAACGCAGUGAUGACCAACGCCGUGCUCGACGGCCGGCCCCUCGAGACGGUCCAGGCUUACUUUGGGCUCCGGGAGGCUGGCAGGAUGCCGAAUGUCGUCUCGGUCUGUGCGUUCUUCAACGCGUGUGCCGGGGCGAUGCUCCUGUUGCCUGGGGCCCAGUUCCAUGGGUUUGUGGUGAAGUGUGGUUUUGACAUGGAUGUCUCGGUGUCGAAUGCGAUGGUUGAUUUCUAUGGGAAGUGCCGAUGUGCGGAGAAGGCAAAGAUGGUGUUUGAUGUGAUGAGAGUCAGGAACAGUGUAUCAUGGUGUUCCAUGGUUGUUGCAUAUGCACAGAACGGGGCAGAGGAGGAUGCUUUUGCUGUGUACCUGGGUGCGAGGAGGGCAGGGGAAGAGCCGACUGACUUCAUGGUCUCCAGCGUGCUCACUACAUGCGCAGGCCUGCUAGGCCUUGACCUUGGGCGUGCUCUGCAUGCAGUUGCUGUACGCUCUUGCAUCGAUGCAAACAUCUUUGUUGCAAGUGCAUUGGUUGACAUGUACGGGAAGUGUGGGGGUGUUGAAGAUGCUCAACAUGUCUUUUUAGAUAUGCCACAGCGGAAUCUUGUCACAUGGAAUGCGAUGAUUGGAGGGCAUGCCAACAUCGGUGAUGCUAUAAACGCACUUGCGGUGUUCAGUGAUAUGAUAGCGAGUGGAAAGACAGCACCUAACUACAUCACACUUGUAAAUGUGAUCACAGCCUGCAGUAGAGGAGGUUUGACCAAGGAAGGAUAUGAGCUGUUUGAGACAAUGAGGGAGAGGUUUGGGAUAGAACCACGGACUGAGCACUAUGCUUGCGUGGUUGACUUGCUUGGGCGUGCAGGAAUGGAAGAGCGAGCUUAUGACAUUAUACAGAGGAUGCCAAUGAGACCUUCCAUUUCUCUCUGGGGAGCACUACUUGGGGCGUGCAAGAUGCAUGGGAAGACAGAGCUGGGAAGGAUUGCAGCUGAGAAGUUGUUUGAACUUGACCCUCAGGACUCUGGCAAUCACGUGCUACUCUCGAACAUGCUCGCAUCAGCCGGCAGAUGGGCAGAAGCAACUUAUGUAAGGAAGGAGAUGAAAGAUGUCGGAAUCAAGAAAGACCCGGGGUGUAGCUGGAUCACAUGGAAAAAUGGUGUGCAUGUUUUCCAUGCCAAGGACACCAAACAUGAGAUGAAUAGCGAGAUCCGGGCAUUACUGGCCAAGCUUAAAAAACAAAUGCAAGCUUCUGGGUACAUGCCAGACACACAAUAUUCACUUUAUGAUCUUGAGGAAGAAGAGAAAGAAUCAGAGGUGUUUCAACAUAGUGAGAAGCUUGCCCUGGCCUAUGGACUCAUUCACAUUCCGCCUGGUGUACCUAUAAGGAUCACAAAGAACUUGAGAAUAUGUGUGGAUUGUCACCGAGCUUUCAAGUUUAUAUCUGGUAUUGUUGAUAGGGAGAUAGUUGUGAGGGACAAUAAUAGGUUUCAUCACUUCAAACAAUAUCAAUGUUCAUGCAAUGAUUACUGGUGAAAACUCUGUCCAUGUGAUACAGAAAAGG